AGAGAGGAUUCUUUUCCUUUUGAGCCUCCACAGAGAUUUUCUCAAUAUUCACAAGAUCACAGAUCGUUCUUAGACCAUUAAAAAAACAGGAAAGUCUAGAAAUUGCUGCCUGGUGUAGGCAGGCAAUGCUAGAAGGAGCCUUUCCUUCUACUCCAAUGCCCAUCAUCCCAGGCCCGCAUGGAACAUGAUGAAUUGUCCUAUACCCUGACAGGGUCCAUCUGGCGUUGCACGCAGGAUCCACCAGGGGGCUCCCCAGGUAGCCGUUAGAAAGGCAGGGGCAGCCCUCACCCGCUUCAGGAGGGAACUGAGCAUGCGCUCUUUCACCAGGUCCGAAAGCUUCGCGGGGCAUUUUGCAGGGAAGGGUGGAAGCGCGUCCGCCUUUUCUACAGUGCCCGAUUCUGCUCCCUUCCCCCUCGCUGCGGGCCUUAGGCCGAGCCUUUCCAGCAGUCCAAGAGGCUUCAAAGGAAGCCUUGCACGGAGGGAGAUCAAGACCUGACUCCGGAGUUCAGUAAGUGGGGGACGGGGACACUUUUUCUUCCAUAGGCUGGACCGUGCGUGGAGAGACGCAAAACUUUAUCAAGUUUGGAGUCCUGGAAAGUGGGAAGCCCCUUGUCCCAUGUUCCCUUGCCGCCCCUGUGCAUGCACGGGUAGGCAGGGAAGAAAUCAAAAGCUACGGUCUCGCUGCGUUGCCUCCAGGAGGAAAAUCGGGACCGCCAGAAAAGUCGGAGCCAUUCAGGGUUAGGCGGAAAGUGAGAAACCUCUUUCCAGGAGAUGCCUGCAUCAAAAUAUCAAGUUAGGUCGUAGCUGGUUUGUUGAUUCGUAUAAGUUGGAAAUAUUUCCUGAUUACCUUGGAGUCUGAAGUAUCUUGUGAAGAAAGAGAGCUGAACGGCCUUUAGGAGAUUUGGCCAGACGUCUUCUGAUUAGUAACACUUGAGAGAUCCAUUCAUUUUGGAGCUGGAUUAGAGACCAGAGAAAAGAUGGAGGCACAAUGCCCAGUAGAUGCAGGUUUUGGAAAAGGUCCUCCAGCUAUUCAGCUUUGGAGUUGUGGGGAAAAUGAGGCAAAUUCUGGGCAGAGGAGCCAAGAAGAGGAAGCCAACAGUUCGGAGGUUCAAUACUGUCACCUCAGAAAAGUACAGUUCCAGGAAGGGAAGACUCCCCGAGAUGUUUGCACUCAGCUUCACCGCCUUUGCCAUCAAUGGCUGCAGCCGGAAAGACACACGAAGGCUCAGAUUCUGGACUUGGUGCUUCUGGAGCAGUUCCUGGCUGUCCUUCCCCCAGAGAUGGAGAAAUGGGUGCGGGAGUGUAGAGCACAAACUAGUUCCCAGGCGGUGGCCCUGGCUGAAGGCUUCCUCCUGACCCAGGAGUCCGAAAAGAUGCAGAAAUCCUUGGAAGCUAUGACAGAGUAUCCCAAGGGGAGGAAAGAUUCAUUCAGAAAUUCUCAAGAGCUGCUGUUCACAGAGACCUUACACAGAGAUCAAAGUCAAGACACCACGCCAAAGAGUAGAAAGCUGUCCUUGGACUUUUUAGAAUCAUUUCAUCUUUGUGGUAGAGAAGGAUUGGCUGAACCGCUAUUUCAGGAUGUUGUGUCUUUUGAGGACGUGGUUGUGUAUUUCUCCAAGGAAGAAUGGUCUCAACUAGAUGCUGACCAAAAAGCGCUCCAUGGAGAAGUCAUGCUGGAGAAUUCCAGGAAUCUGGCUUCUCUGGGCUAUAAUGGGCACGAGAAUAAGAAUUUCAAGGAAGGGAAGCUAUAUCAAUGCAUGGAGCGCGGAAAGCACUUUCGCAAGAAAAGCAUUCUGAUUCACCAUAAAACUGUCCAUACAGAGAAGCCAUAUCAAUGCAUGGAGUGUGGAAAAACCUUCUGUCAUAAUAAAUCUCUUAUAAGACAUCAAAGGAAUCAUAAAGGAGAAAGACCUUAUAAAUGCAUGGAGUGUAGAAAGAGCUUUACUUGCAGUAGUAGUCUCAAUUCCCAUAUGAGGAUCCACACAGGAGAGAAACCAUAUCAAUGCAAGGAAUGUGGAAAGACCUUUGCUUCUAGUAGUGGUCUCAAUUCCCAUAAGAGGAUCCACACAGGAGAGAAGCCAUAUCAAUGCAAGGAAUGUGGAAAGACCUUUAAUUGUAGCAGUAAUCUCAAUUCCCAUAAAAGGAUCCACACCGGAGAGAAACCAUAUCAAUGCAUGGAGUGUGGAAAGACCUUUAUUUCUAGUGGUUGUCUUAAUUCCCAUAAGAGGAUUCACACAGGAGAGAAGCCAUAUCAAUGCAAGGAAUGUGGAAAGACCUUCUCUCAUAAUUACUCUCUUAUAAUUCACCAUAGGAAUCACACAGGAGAGAAGCCAUAUCAAUGCAUGGAAUGUGGUAAGAGUUUUAACAAGAGUAGUCAUCUUACUUCCCAUAAGAGGAUCCACACAGGAGAGAAACCGUAUCAAUGCAUGGAGUGUGGAAAGACCUUCUGUUAUUCUAAGUCUUUUAUAAUGCAUCAAAUGAAUCACAAAGGAGAAAGACCUUUUAAAUGCAUGGAGUGUGGAAAGACCUUUACUUGUGCCAGUCAUUUGAAGACCCAUAAGAUGAUCCACAUAAUAGAGAAGCCAUAUCAUUGUGUGGAGUGCGGAAAGACCUUCUGUUAUAAUCGUUCUCUUAUACUCCAUCAAAGGAUUCACAAAGGAGAGAGACCAUAUCAAUGCAUGGAGUGUGGAAAGACCUUUACUUUCAGUAGUAAUUUCAAUUCACAUAAGAGGAUCCACACAGAAGAGAAACCAUAUCAGUGUAAGGACUGUGGAAAGAUCCUUACUUCUACCAGUAGUCUUAAUUCCCACAAGAAGACCCACACCGGAGAGAAGCCAUAUCAAUGCAUGGAAUGUGGAAAAAGCUUUAGUAGGAAAUAUGCUCUGAUUCACCAUAAAACUAUCCAUACAGAGGAGAAGCCAUAUAAAUGCAUGGAAUGUGGAAAGACCUUCUGUUAUUAUGACUCUCUCAUAAGACAUCAAUGGAAUCACAAAAGAGAAAGACCUUAUCAAUGCAUGGAGUGUGGAAAGACUUUUAGUUGCAGCAGACAUCUUGAUUCCCACAAGAGGAUCCACUCGGGAGAGAGGCCUUAUAAAUGUGCAGAAUGUGGAAAAGGCUUUAGGUGGAAUUCUGCUCUUUCCUGCCACAAAAGAAUCCAUACAGGAGAAAAACCAUAUCAAUGCAUGGAGUGUGGAAAGACCUUUGCUAGUAAUGGUAGUCUUAAUUCCCACAAAAGAAUCCACACAGGUGAGAGGCCAUAUAAAUGUGUGCACUGUGGAGAAGGCUUUAGAAGGAGUUGUGAUCUCACUUCCCAUAUAAGGAUCCAUACGGGAGAAAAAAACAAUAUGAAUAUGAAGAGCUUCAACAGAAAUGCAGGCUGCUCAGCCGGCAAAAAGUGCCUCUUCAAUGCCCCCAAAACUCUAUUCCAGGUUUUUGGGAGCGAUCUCUGCAAACUCCAGACUGUGGAAGUCUAUUUGCUUGGAAAAGCCGGUGGAAUAGAGGCUUGUGAUUGUAAUAAGCAUCGAGGCUUUUGA